CUGAAGCUCUGCAGGCCCGGACCGGCGCCCCCGCCUCAGUCGGGCAUCACACCGAGCCCGCUGUCCUCGCACCGCUCCCUGCCCGGGGGGCCGCCAACCCCCGCAGCUGAACCCCCUGCUCUUCCUCUGGCCCUGCCGAAUGCUCACUGUGUCUUUAUCGGCCAAGCCCUGGCGCCGCUUUCCUCCCUCCGUGGGGGCGGCGGCCUUCGUCCCCUCGGAGCGCUUAUCCCUGGCUUCCUCCGCCGCGCCAGGAGCCGGGCACGGAGCGGCCCCGGGGCCCUUCCUGCGCGGCCCGGCCGUGACGCAGCGCGGGCGGAGCCGGCGGUAACGGCGGUACCGGAGAUGGCGUUGUCAGACUCAGUCACUACUUGUCUUUCUCAGCCUGUGCAUUAUGCAAUUUGCAAACUUGGGUUUGAGAAGAAAGAUACGUAUGAUAUUAACAAUAUUUUAUCUGGAAACGGUGAAAUAUGUUGGCAAGCUGUUACAGAGCACGUGUGUUACCUUGAAUCAGAUCAAAGUGUGGAUUAUAUCAAAAGCAUACGAUCAUUAGGACCUGUAUGUGAAUCUGUUAAUGUGCACUUCAAAUCUCUGACCAAGGAGCAAUUCAUAAUUCAGUAUGCGUCGUGGUUGCACUGGACAAACUGCACAGAGGUAUUUCUUGAAGUAUUUGAUGUUUUACAAUAUGCACAAACUACAGAAGUUGCACUCAGCUUAAUGAAACUAACAUCAUGCUUGGAGCGAGCCUUGGGUGAU